GUGGAUGGUGUUCGGAAUAAUGUGGACAGUAGAUCUUCGACGGCCGUGCUGAGAAGGAGACAUUUCUGAGAAGAGGAGUUUGGAGAAAAAAAAAAACGGAUUACCAUUAAACCAAGGCUCUAGAGCCACGUAGACGACCCUCCACCAGAGCCACCAGAACCAGGAGCAAGAGAGGACUUCUGAGGAGGCGUUGGCGAGAUGGCGACGAGGCCGCGGGAGCAGCAGUACAAGGUGGAUAGGCCACUGUAUUCGGUGGACAGCUUUGAGGAAGAGCAUGAGAAGGUCUACAGGCAGCGCAAGUCGCUGCUGGACCACGUCAGGCAGUACUUCACGUGUGAUGCCAGAAGGGUUAAGAACACUGCGCUGUCCCUCCUGCCUAUUAUUGGAUGGAUCAGGAUCUACCAGAUCAAGGAAUGGUUGCUAAGCGACAUUGUGUCUGGAGUCAGCACUGGGCUGGUGGCCGUCUUACAAGGUCUGGCCUACUGCCUGCUGGCCUCCCUCCCUCCGUGGUACGGACUGUUCUCGGCCUUCUUCCCCGUCGUCGCCUACUUCUUCCUGGGGACCUCCAGACACAUCUCAGUGGGUCCAUUCCCGGUGCUGUGUCUGAUGAUUGGCUCUGUGGUGACCCGGCUGGUCCCUGACGAAGGCCCCCCCAUGAACAUCACCGGGUUCGAGGGCCUGUCCCGGGACGACCAGAGGGUGCUGGUGGCCUCCUCCGCCUCCUUCAUGGUCGGCCUCAUGCAGCUGGGCAUGGGCUUGCUGCAGGUGGGCUUCGUGGUCAGGUAUCUGUCUGACACGCUGGUGUCGGGCUUCACCACCGCGGCCGCCGUCCACAUCCUGGUGUCCCAGCUCAAGUUCGUCCUGGGCCUGGUGGUCCCGGGCAUCAGCGGACCCCUGGCCGUCGUAUAUACCCUGGAGAAGAUCUUCGUGCAGAUCACGUCCACCAACAUCUGCGACCUGGUCACCUCCCUCAUCAUCAUGGUGGCGGUGUUCGUGGUCAAGGAGAUCAACGACCGAUACAAAGCAAAGCUCCCCGUGCCCAUCCCCAUAGAGGUCAUCAUGACGGUGGUCGCCUGCGGGGUCUCGUACGGCUUCGACUUCAAGACCCGCUUCAAGGUGGACGUUGUGGGACACAUCCCGCUGGGCUAUGAGACCCCCAUGGCCCCCGACAUCGACAUCUUCCAGGAGACGGCCAUGGAGGCCUUCCCCAUGGCCAUCGUGGGCUUUGCCGUGGCCUUCUCCGUGGCCAAGGUGUACUCUGUGAAGCACGACUACACCAUCGACGGCAACCAGGAGCUGAUAGCCUUCGGGGUUAGCAACAUCUUCGGCGCGUCCUUCAAGUCGUUUGCGGCGAGCACGGCUCUGUCCAGGAGCGCCGUGCAGGAGAGUACCGGGGGCAAGACGCAGGUGGCCGGCCUCCUGUCCGCCAUCAUAGUGAUGAUCGUUACCUUGGCGAUCGGAUUCCUCCUGGAGCCCCUCCCCCGGUCGGUGCUGGGCGCGGUGGUGCUGGUGAACCUGAAGGGCAUGCUGAUGCAGGUGACGGAGGUGCCCUACCUCUGGCGUCGGGACAAGCCGGACUGCGUGGUAUGGUUGGUGACCUGCAUCGCGUCCAUCUUCUUGGGUCUGGACCUGGGCUUGGCGGUCGGACUGGGGAUCGAACUCAUCACUGUGGUCUUCCGGGCUCAGUUCCCCCGUUGUAGCGUCCUGGCUAACAUCAACGGAACGGACAUCUACAAGGACCGCAAGGACUACCACUACAUCAAUGAGCCUGAGGGCGUGAAGAUCUUCAGGAUUCCUUCGCCCAUCUUCUUCGCCAACAUCGAGUUCUUCAAGACCAAGCUCACCGAAGCAAUCGGUUUCAGUCCACUGAGGAUACUGCGGAAACGCAACAAAGCGCUGCGGUCGAUCCGGAAGCUUCUGAAGAACGGAGACAUGGAAUGGACCACAGGAAUGCUGACCUCCUCGAGUGGACUGAAGGAGGAGGAUGAGGUGGAAGGCAGGGACAAUAAAGAAGACCUGGACCUACCAGUGAACCUGAAAGACCUGCCCAUCAAGAUCGACUGGAACCGGGAGCUGCCCGCCAACAUCUCUGUGCCCAGAGUGGAGCUCCACAGCCUCGUACUGGACUUUGCCGCCGUCUCCUUCCUGGACAUCUCCGCUCUGAAGGGACUCAAAACGAUGCUGAAGGAGCUGGUCCGAGUUGACGUGGAGGUUUACAUCGUGGCUUGUGAUACCUACAUCCUGGAGAAGCUCCACGCCUGCAGCUUCUUCGACGACGAGGUCCAUCCGUCCAUCUUCUACCUGACCCUGCACGAUGCCAUGCUCGCCAUCCUGGGGAAACACCCGGAAGCGAGCGAGAAGUCAUCGCAACUCGAAAAGGUGGUCACCACGGCGACAGUUCAUUACCGCAGCAACAGAGAGAAGACCACUCCGGGGCCAGAAACAAAGUUCUGACCUUUCACCCCUCAAGCAAUGCCUUCAAACUCAGAUGUAAAAUAGAAGAAAAGACAAAGAAAAUACAAAUAUUUACGCAUAUAUUCCUGCUUUUUUACAUAUUUCCACUAUUCCUUUUUUUCUUAAAUUAUGUUUCAGAAAUCGUUGCUUCACAUAUUUAUAAAAAAAAGAAGAUACUAAUACAAUUGUGCCUGUACUUUAUAUCCAUGCCAUUGUUGCAUUUUGUACUGUAAAUAGCAAAGUUGUGUAAAGGUUUUGUUGAGUGGAUUUUUUCAUUUGAUUGCUUUUAUUUGUUAUGACCCUCACUAUGAAUUGGCUUUAACUGUUUCUCCUAAACGAAUAUCGAAGACAAUAAAGGGAGUGAUGUAUCAAAAGAUGUGCACUGACUGAAUGAAAUAUUGUUCUCUGAAUCAAAAGAUUGACAAAAAGCUUCUUUACUUCACCUGAAAAUACAAAUAAAAACAUAAAACAUGACUUGAUUGGAAUGAGUUAUU